UCAGUGAGGUGAGGGGUUGGGCGGAGCGCUGCAGGGGUCUCUGUUAGUCCCAUACAAGUAAUAAACUGCCUCAAAACCAACACCAAAUUGCUUCCAGAAUGCUUUCUGUAGGUGGAUACGUGACUCCUUGUUGAAACUGCUUUCUGAUUUGCUGUUUUUUAAGCUCCUGACAAUUUUAUUGCUUUUUGGAAUGUAUGUUCUUGAGGUAUUAAGCGCUUUGCUGUAACAGUGUCUUGUUCUCUUUCUUCUUUCUGUUUUAUUUCAUUUUAUUUUUAUUUUAAGGCUGUGUUUAUUCAUGUAAUGGGUGCAUGUAUCAGGAAGAUAGCACAGUAAUUGGACAAUGGUCAGAUCUUGGAAAAACUGGGUAAGGUCAGCGUUAGGAAAUCCUGCUGGGACUUUAUGAAUGGAUAGAGCCAAUAAUCAUAGCUUGUGUAACUGUGUAGUGUGUCCCUUCAAAACUUUUUAUAAGGUAUCUAAUGGAAGACGUAAAUAAGUGACAAAAUAUAAGAUAUAGAAUCAUAGAAUCUUGUCCUGUCACUUUUUCCUGGGAGCAGACACCAGCCAGCCCCUCACCACAACCUUCUUGCAGGGAGCUGUAGAGAGAGAUGUGGUCUCCCCUGAGCCUCCUCCAGAGUGAACCAUCCCAGCUUCCUCAGCUGCUCCCCAUAAGGCUUCUGCUCCAAAUGUUUCGCAGUUCCAUUGCCUUUCUCUUAACAUGUUCCAGGGCCUAAUAUUUCCUACAGGAAGAACUUUAAAAAGGCUUCGCAACAAUGCAGGAAUGUUAUUGAUAUUAAAGUCAUCCCAUAAAAUUUGGUGUCUUAUAGGGUGACUGCCAGAUCCAGUGCAUGAGGUGACCACCCACUACAGCAGGAUUUGACUAUGUCUGGUCUAGAACCAAAUAAUGGAUUGCUGACAACAGCAAUGAAGAAAAUACUGUCUAAAAAGGUGCAAACCACAGAAGAAUGGCUAAGAAACUACAGUUUAGAAUCGUUGCAAUUAACAUUAGAGCAUCUGGUGAAUGAAGGCACUGUUAUUUUGGAUUCAGCAAGUGGUGCUGAGGAGAUAGAGCUGGCACAAGAGGCUGUUACCAAUUUUGAGGCCAGAGUUUCCGAGGUGGUUGAACUUUAUCAGCAACGAAUUCAGUGGCUGUUGAAGGACAGCAGAAAGGUGUUUGGCCUUGUAAAAGGAAACAAAGUUGGACUUGUGGUUGAUGUGUCUGGUCUGAGUGACAGAUCUAGACUACAGGGUUUUCAAAAAGAUCUUCUGUCCUUAAUAGAUGAACAGCUAUGUUAUAAGAAGCAAUUGUACUGCCUCUCAUUUGGUACGGAAAUUUCACCUCUGUGGGAGAGUCCAAAAAACAUUGGUGUUCAUGUGCUGAGUGAAGCAAGACAGUGGGUACAGCAGCUGACACCUGCAGGAAGCUGCAAUUUGCUGAAAGCCUUAAAACAUGUCUUUACAAUGAAAGAGCUGAAUUCUCUGGUGAUUAUAAUGCGAAGCUGCCCUGAUCAGUCUUCGGAAAUACUGGCAGACUAUACUCAGCAGUGUAUGCUAGGGAGAAAACUUCUGGUUCAUGCUGUUGCAUAUGAUUGUGGCAGUCCUGCUGCUAUUGCAUCUGUAAAAAACCUUGCAGAAGUUGUCAGUGGCCGUUAUCAUUGCUACUCUUCAAAGGGAGAGAAUUCUGAUAGUAGUGAUGUUAAUCUACUACUUCAGGAAUCCCACAAGGCUAAGGAGCUACUCAAGAGUAUCAAGCAGGCUUUUCAAAGGCGUGUUGAUGGCUCACUUAUUAAUGGAAUUGCAGAUGUUUCCACAGAAGUUGCAAAUGCAGCAAUUCCUUGCUUCCUACCAAAGCCUCCAGAGCACGAAGGACCAUUAAUUAUUCAAACACCGCAUUUCCUGGCCAGAACAUCAACAGACUGGUUAAAGACAAAUGGAUUGAAAGCUAAGAAGUUAAACCUUUACCAAGUUUUGGCUCCCAAUGCUUUUUCUCCUGUGGAAGAAUUUGUACCUAUUCUUCAAAAAACAGUAUCAUCAACUCUACAUGAGAAAGCUAUGAUGCAGUUUGAAUGGCAUGAUGGAACUGUGAAAAAUAUUCAUGUUGACCUGCCAAUAUUAUACAAGUAUCAGAAACUCCUUGCUAAAAUGGUAAGAAUCUAUGAGAAACGAAUUAACUGGCUGUCUGUUGCUAGCAGAAGAAUUUGGGGAAGUGUUUGUGAGAGGAGGGUGGUUAUACUUGUUGACAUAUCAGUGACAAACUCCAUGUGCAUCAUCCAUAUCCAGCAUUCUUUGCGACUUCUACUUGAGGAGCAAAUGUCAAAUAAGGAUUGCUUCAAUAUUAUAGCAUUUGGGAGCCACAUUGAGCCUUGGCAGCUGGAACUUGUUCCUUCCCACCCGGAAAACUUACAAAAAGCUUGGAGGUGGGUAUUGAGGUUGCAGUGCAGUGGGAGUAGGAAUUUCAUGAGUGCUCUCAGAAGAGCUGUGGAAAUAGACUUCAAAGAGAAGGAUAAACACAUAUCACAAGGACUUUACCUGCUGACUACUGGAAUACCUGAUCAGGAAACACACACAAUCAGUGCCUACGUGGCUGAGGCUUGCAGAGGUUUUGAUUUACAGCUUCAUGUCUGUCUGUUCAGCAUAAAGGAGGAUGCUGACUCCUCUGGGAUUAUUCCAGCCCGUUAUGCUACCUCAAUGGAAACUGCCAUUGCUUUCAAAGAAAUAGUACAGGCUGCCAAUGGGAGAUUCCAUUGGUUUGGAGAAGCAGGUAUUUUUGAAAGUGAUGAUAUCACUGCUAUAGUAUCUGAAAUGGAAAAAGCAAAGAACUACUCCCAGAAGUGUGCGUUCUUAGUGGAAUCCUUAAAGCAACGUACAAGACAUGAGCCUGCUAGUCCAAUUUUAGAAGAAGCAGAUGCAACCAUGAUUGUUGUGAAGGAGAAGAGAAGGCCACAGAAGUUGCCAUCUCCAAAACCUACAGCUCUGAGUCUGGCUAGAAUGCAUAUUAAAGACAAACAUGGUGAAGAGAAAAAUACCUCUGUAAAAGCACCGGCAUGGCGGCCCACCAGUGCAAAAGCAGAAAUUCCACCAGUACAAACAAUAAAAAAAUGGCCUCAGGAUGAGAAUAGAAGAAAAUAUAAACCAAGGAAACAUGCAGAGUGUUCUGUGUCAGUAUUUUAUACUGGCAAAGGAAGAAAUGUGGGUACAGUGUACCGACAUUAUCCAAAGACUGUUUGCAUAAGAAAGCCUGUUCCCUCCAUCAGAUUGCCAAAGAAAGAGGAAAUCUGUUCAAGCAAGGAGUGGCUGGCAAAGUACAGUAUUAAAAAGCUUAAACUGGAGUUGCCCAGACUGAUAUUUGGUCCAGGCUGCACUCACCAAAAGAAAAUUGUGGAGUCUCUGCACAAGAAAGUAUCGGCAAAAUACUGCGCUAUCUUCCCUAGUGUAGAAAUCAAUGGGGUUGUGAGACAUCUGCAGGUUCAAUCUAAAGAACUGGAAAUGUACAUUGAACAAAUGGAGAAGGUGUUGCUACGCUAUCUACAGAGAAUACAGUGGCUUCUCUCAGGAAGUCGAAGAUUGUUUGGUACCAUUUUAGAAGCAAAUGUCUGUGUUUUGAUUGAUACAUCUGGUUCCAUGGACCCGUAUUUGCCACAUGUCACAAAGGAACUUACCUCCCUUAUCUGGGAGCAACUGAGAAAAAAUGAAGUCAGGUUUAACCUGCUGAGGUUUGCAGAAAAUACAGAGAGUUGGAGGGAGCAUCUCGUAGAAGCUACUGAUGAAACAUGUCACGAUGCUGUGCAGUGGGUGUCCAAAUUCCACGCUCAUGGUAAUACCCAUAUCCUAAUGGCUUUACAGAAAGCUCUCAGUUUCCAAGAUGUAGAGGCAUUGUAUGUAUUGACCGAUGGAAAACCAGAUACCAGUUGCAAUCUGAUUUUGAAAGAAAUUGAAAGAUUGAGAAAGCAACAAGAUAUUAAAAUCCACACCAUUUCUUUUAGCUGUGUAGACAGAGAAGCAAAUGAAUUUCUGAAGAAGCUUGCUUCCCAAACAGGAGGGCGCUACCACUGCAGCUUUGGAGUUGUGGAUGGACAAUUAGCAGCACACCGAAUGCUGACAGAAGGAUUCAAUGAUGAGGAUGAUCCAGUUUUUCCAUACUUUGAAGGAGAUGAUUUAAAGGAACUUGCUGAAGAAGUAACAAAAGCUAGAGGUUUUUUAAAGCAGGCAAAAUCUUUGAGACUAUUACUAGAAAAAUGGAAUAUUAACCAAAAGGACAGUUCUGACUUUAAAAGCAGUGCUCAGGAUUAAAAUUUAGGCCAACAAAGGAUGCUGAAGAUGUUUGGAGUGAUCCCACUAACCUGCUUCAAGUCACUGUGUACUUAAAGCUUCCAGCGUCAUGUGCAAAGAGGGAAGGAUGUACUCUUUUUUUUUUUUCUCUCUCUCUAAACUUCUGGCCAAGGAGAGCUUACCGAUGAUCUGUUGCCAUCUUACUGCAUUUACAGGUGUUGCAGAACUCAAAGUAAAUCAAGCCUUGAACUCUCCAAAGUCUAAACAUAAAUAGAGGAUAGUUUUUAAUGUAAUGAAUAUAAAUUUUAGAGAUUGUAGUGAUUUUAUAACGUAAUAGCAGUUGUACAAGAAUCAGACCCCUGUUUCUCUUCUGGCUGGUAAUAAUUACCACAUCACACUAAUAAUUGCUUCAAUCAAUUGAUGGUAUGUCAAAGGUGUAUUUUUCUGGCAGUAGAGAAGGAGCAGAGUGGAUGAUUUAGAAAUCAUCAGGUUUGGAAAUAAGGAAUGUCUUGAUGCUGAUUAACACCUGGUUAUGUCUGUAUGACCAGACACUGCCAGUCUUCAAAGCAAUUCUGUUAAGUUCUUAUGCACUUCCUUUCACAGAAAGAUUAAAAAUGUUUCCAGUGCCAUUGGGUACAUUCAGUGAUAUCACAGACUCUGUAUGAAAUAAGAAUUGAAGCAUUUCAGUGUGUUGCAUUAGAUCGCAGUCUGGCAAACCUCUAAUUUACAGCCUUUUUUUUUUUUUUCCUCUGUAUGGUAUUUGGUUUUCAUAAAUGUUACUCAUUUGAAACAACUCAGUUCAUACAUAGACUGAUCAUAAAUGGAUCUGAGUUCACUGCAAUGUACACUGACACUCAUCGCUCAUUUGUUUGCAUUGGUUUAGUCUGGAAAUAUGUUCAUAACUCUCUUUCUCUUGAGCAUGCUCCCAGGUUCAGACUGUAGACUUAAAUGUAUGUAGGAAUUCAGGUAUCUUCUUGCUGGUGAUGUGAGCUAAGAGUUUCUGUUCCAGAAAAAUGCAACAGAAAAGGAAGGAACAGAUGUUUACAUUAAAAUUUGUGUAACCACAGAAGAUUCUCAAAGAGUCAGAUGUUGUAGUAUGUAGCGAUUGUAUUCCAUCCUUUUUCUAUUCUGAGGGGUUUCAGGCCAUCCAGCCUCUUUCCAUACUUCUGAGCUCAUUAUCUUGCAGGUUGAUCUGUCCUGCUGCCUACUUAGAGCAGCUCAAUCCUUGAAAAUGCAGUUUCUGUUUCCCACCUCUUACCUGCCUGGGUCAGCAGUGAUGACCAGGUUAAUCAAGUGCUCUGUUAAUGUUCUAUGUGCUUCUAUGUUCU